AUGCCGCUCGUAACACCGGAAAAGCUGGCCAGCUUGCAGAAGCAAUCCCAAGAUGUCCGGAAUAUCUGCAUCCUGGCCCACGUCGACCACGGCAAAACCUCACUCACAGACGCCCUCCUGGCCACCAACGGCAUCAUCUCGCCCAAACUCGCCGGCAAGAUCCGCUACCUCGACUCCAGGCCGGACGAGCAGACCCGAGGCAUCACCAUGGAAUCGUCCGCCAUCUCACUCUACUUCUCCAUGCUGAGGCGAUCUGCUCCUGAUGCUGCUCCCGAGCCCAAGGAGUAUCUCAUCAACCUGAUCGAUUCGCCGGGCCACAUCGACUUCAGCAGCGAAGUGUCGACCGCUUCUCGACUAUGCGACGGCGCCGUUGUCCUGGUGGACGCUGUCGAGGGGGUUUGCAGUCAGACCGUGACCGUCCUGCGACAGAGCUGGAUCGAAAAGCUCAAGCCGCUGCUCGUCAUCAACAAAAUCGACAGGCUCAUCACCGAGCUCAAGAUGACCCCUCAGGAGGCAUACGUCCAUCUCAGCAAACUCCUGGAGCAGGUCAAUGCCGUGCUGGGAAGCUUUUUCCAGGGCGAGCGAAUGGAGGAGGAUCUCAACUGGCGAGUCAAGAUGGAAGAGCGCGUCAAUGCUGCAGCCGCAAGCAAGGCGUCUGUAAGCGAUACUACUUCAGAAGUUUCCGAUUUGCAGUUCGAGGAGCUUGACGACGAGGAUUUGUAUUUCGCGCCCGAGAAGAACAACGUCAUCUUCAGCAGUGCCAUUGAUGGCUGGGCGUUUACCUGCAGGCAGUUUGCGGUUCUGUACGAGAAGAAGCUGGGCAUCAAGCGAGGCAUCAUGGAGAAAUGCCUGUGGGGUAACUUCUACUUGGAUCCCAAGACCAAAAAGGUGCUCGGGCAGAAACACCUCAAAGGCCGCAAUCUCAAGCCCAUGUUCGUCCAGCUGGUUCUCGAGCCGGUUUGGACCGUUUACAGGGCUACUAUUGGCGCUGAUGGAGGCAAAGGAGACCCAGCCCUCCUCGAAAAGGUCACAAAGUCGCUCAACGUCACCAUUGCCCCUCACAUCCUCCGGGCAAGAGAUCCUAGGCUUCUCCUGACUACGGUAUUCUCUUCAUGGCUGCCUCUAUCGACUGCUCUGCUGGUCUCUGUUAUCGAGUCACUACCGUCACCUCCGGUAGCGCAGGCCGAGCGACUACCCUCCGUUAUCGACGAGUCUCCUGACUCCAGCUUCGUGGACAAAACCAUCAGGGAAGCCAUAGUCUCCUUCAAGACGGACAAGUCAGCCCCUGUCGUCGCAUACGUCAGCAAGAUGGUGUCCGUUCCCGAAAGCGAGCUUCCCGAAAACAAGCGGCCCACUGGCCAAAUGUCUGGAGAAGAGGCGAGAGAAUUGGCCCGACAGAAGCGUGCAGCUGCCGCCGCAUUGGCUGCUGCCAACAGUCAAGAUGGAGUAGCCAGCUUGACCGAUGCAUUGGAGGCUGUCGAUCUCGAUGAUGUAAAGCCUGCGGCCGAGGAGGAAAAGGUCGACCCCGAGCAUUUGAUUGGCUUUGCAAGAAUUUUUUCAGGAACUCUCUCCGUGGGAGACACACUAUAUGUCAUCCCUCCCAAGUGGUCACCGGCCAAUCCUCACGCGGACCCUGAGCCUCAGCAGAUCACCGUCAAGUCAUUAUACAUGCUCAUGGGAAGGAGUCUCGAGGCACUCAGCAGUGUGCCGGCUGGUGUCGUCUUCGGCAUUGGAGGCUUGGAUGGCAAGAUUCUCAAAUCGGGAACCCUCUGCAGUAAGCUUGAAGGCGCCGUCAACUUGGCAGGCAUCAGCUUGGCUGGGAAGCCCAUUGUUCGCGUUGCACUUGAGCCCGUCAACCCUGCCGACCUGGAUAAGAUGAUUCAAGGCUUGCAUCUGCUUGUGCAGAGCGACCCGUGUGCGGAAUACGAGCAAUUUGCCAGUGGAGAACACGUUUUGCUUACUGCCGGCGAGCUUCAUCUCGAGAGAUGUCUGUUGGAUCUGAAGGAACGAUUCGCGCGAUGCGAUAUCCAGGCCGGCGCUCCCAUCGUGCCUUACAGAGAGACAAUCGUCAAGGCAGAAGAGAUGCGCCCUCCCGCGAACAAGGAGCUCGGUCGUGGAACUGUCGUUACCUCUACGAGCUCGAAGCAGGUCAACAUGACCAUUCGUGUGCAGCCAUUGCCCGCGAAUGUUACAGAAUUUCUGCUCAAGAACAGUGAUGCUAUCAAGCGCCUGCACAACGUCCGCAAGGCGGCAGAGGAAGCACGUGGAGAAGAGAACGGGGAAGCCAUAGAGGCUGACACGGAGCUUACUGCUGCCACGGCCAUGUCUGCCGAGGAACUCAAGACACAGCUGCAGAAAGAGUUGGAGACCGGAAAGGGCCGCGAAGCAUGGAAAGGCGUGGUAGAUCGAAUCGCAGCAUUUGGACCGAGGCGGACAGGUCCCAACCUCCUCAUUGAUGCCACCAAGGACGGCAUUCUUCCCAAGGUCUUCUCCACGGUCAAGGCAACCGAGGCGGCAUCUGCCGAUUCUGCCGAGAAGCUCCAUCCCAGCCAUCUCUCCGACAAGUUGACGUAUGCUUUCCAGCUGGGGACGGCACAGGGUCAGCUGUGUAACGAACCCAUGCAGGGAGUUGCCGUCUUCGUCGAGGACGUGUCGCUGAGCCUUUCAGAGGACGACACGUCCGCCCGUGAUAAGCUGGGCAGGCUCACAGGAGAGGUCAUCAAGGCCUUUCAGUCGGCCAUGCGCGCAGGCUUCCUUGACUGGUCUCCGAGACUCAUGCUUGCCAUGUACACGCUCGAAAUUCAGACGUCUACCGAAGUCCUGGGCCGAGUGUACGACGUGCUGACCCGUCGCCGGGGCCGUGUGGUGGCUGAGGAGAUGAAGGAGGGCACACCGUUCUUCACCAUCCAAGCUAUGCUGCCCGUGGCGGAGAGUUUUGGGUUCGCGGACGAGAUGCGCAAGCGGACGAGCGGGGCGGCGCAGCCGCAGCUCAUCUUUGCCGGGUUCGAGAUCCUGGACGAAGAUCCGUUCUGGGUGCCGUUUACCGAGGACGACUUGGAGGACCUCGGAGAAUUGGCCGAUAAGGAAAAUGUAGCGAAGAGGUACAUGGAUGGCGUGAGAAAGAAGAAGGGCUUGCUGGUGGAGGGUAGGACUGUGGCCAGAGAUGCGGAGAAGCAGAAGACGCUCAAGAGGUAG